AAAAACCGUCUCUACCCCCGUUGGCGACCUCCCUAUCUCUCCUGUCAUGGAUCCCGCUUGGAUGGAAGCCAAGGAGCGCUUCAAGACGCCCAAGGCAAAACCAAAACAGACCAAGGGGAAGGACGGUGGUCGUUUUCGCAAGAAACUGUUCUUGAACCCCACACGCACUCGCAACCCCGUGGCGGUCUUGCCCCAUCACCCACGUCGGAAUGCCCCGAUACUUCUUGCAAGAGUUUGACGUCGUCGCAAACCCGGCCACGGGUGAUCCAUGGUGGAUACCGGGCGAUUUAACAGAGCCUACUUCCCAUGAGGAUCCGUCCGAAACCGGGGCACAAACAGAGAGAGACCGCCCUUCGCCAUCCCCCGUGGAACGCAACGUUGAGGUAUCCCCGAGAGAGCAGAAUCACGCCGUAUCCAAGGCGCCGCGGGGCUACGCAAUUGCCCGAAUGGACGCGUUGAAACUUAUCGGUGCCAGUCGCCAGGAGUCCACGCUGGGAGGGCAACACAUCGCCAUGAUCGUCCGGAGAUCGAACCUAAAACGCAGCGGGAUUAUUCCGCGUCUCGUCUGGAGACGCGACAUGCACCUCGUCGUCCUGGAGAACAUGCGCCGUCAGGUCGUCCAACAGCUCGAGUAUUUCGCCGGGCUGUGUAGCAGCGAUGAGAGAUCCUACCUGACACCUUGCUCCAGCUGGGACGCCAUCAACCGGGACUUGAUCCACCGUGGCUGCGUUCUCUGGCGCUCACAGUCAGAUGAGACGCAAGACGCUACUACGACAGGGGGGUCCGCCGCGGGGGGGAAAGGCCCAAGGGACGAUGGCUCACCAGACCAACUGGCAACCCUGGAUAUUCCAGAUGCCAAAUACGAGAAGAAACUCCCCGUCUACAACCUCGACCGCCUGUUGGGUGAGGACCACUUAGCGAUUCUUUUGAAGACACCGCUUUUCAGGCAUAACCCACUGCUAGUCCUUGGGAGGAGGCGGACGAUCCCCUUACAGCUCUUGCUCUGGAAGCUCCAAGGUUACCUUGCUGAGUAUGAUUAGAGAGAGGACCAGUGGGGCUUCUCUUGAAAAUGGAAAAUUGGGCGGUGAUGAGGAGGUAGCCAUCGAGCUCUCGGUUCAGAGGCGCAGGCCUUUGCCUGUCUGUGCUCU